AUCUUCUUUGGUAUUAUGUUACGUAAUACAUACAGAAAGUAAAAUACAUCAUUUCUAUAUAAAAUAUUAAUUUAAUGUUAAAAUAUUACAACGAAGAUUUAAUAUCAAAAUUUGUAAUUUUUUGAUAAUUUUAUAUUUUUGUAUUACCCACUUUUACACAGUAAACAGAUUCAAGCUUAAAUUAUGACAUUGUUGCGAUAUUGCUAAAUUUAAAGAAAUAAGACGUAAUUAACAGCUGCAAUGAAAACAUUUGACCCGGUAGAUCACGGACUAGAUCCAAAUUUUCGGCUUACUAACUUUUCAACCUUACGUGGGUGAGGAUGUAAACUACCCCAAGAUGCUCUUAACAAGUACCUUGAGGAAGCAGACAUAAUUAGUUCCAAAUAUAAAAUACAUCAGAAAAAUGACGAAAAUUGUGUUGGUUCAGGAAUGGAUUGUGCUGUAAUUCCGUUGCCGCGAUAUAAGCAGCUUUCUUUAGUACAAACUGUAGAUUUCUUUUAUCCGCUUUUAGAUGAUCCGUUUAUUAUGGGAAAAAUAGCUCUCGCUAAUGUUUUGAGUGAUGUGUACGCAGUUGGAGUAACCGAAAUAGACAAACUCCAAAUGAUUAUAAGUGCUCCAGAACAAUUAUCGAAUACUGAACGCGAUGUUGUUAUUCAAAAGAUUAUGGAAGGGUUCAAAGAUAGUGCAAAAUUUGCUCGUUGUAAACUUUUUGUUGAUAGCAUUACUGUCAAUCCAUGGUGCAUUUUGGGUGGUGUGGCUACAACAGUUAUUAAAAAUGAAGAAAUCAUCAUGCCAUAUGGUGCAAGGGAUGGUGACGCUCUUGUACUAACGAAACCACUAGGAACACAUUUAGCUACAAGUGCUUAUCUAUGGAUGCAAGAAAAUAACGAAAAAUAUCAAAAACUAGCCAUCCAUUUAAGCAAUGAUCAACUAACGGAAACAUUCGAAAUUGCUGUGAAAUCGAUGACAUUUUUAAAUAAAAACGCUGGAAUUUUAAUGCAUAAGCACAAUGCUCACGCUGCUACCGAUGUCACUGGUUUUGGUUUAUUAGGUCAUACUAAUAAUCUCGCACUGUUUCAAAAUGAAUCUUUGGAAUUCAAAAUUACUAAAAUACCUAUAAUUAAAAAUGUGCUUAAAAUUGCCAACAUAACACAUCAGGACACUAAACUAAAAACUGGCAAAGCAGUAGAAACUUCAGGAGGGUUACUAAUCUGUUUAUCACUUGCAGACGCAUCUGCAUUUUGUGCGGAGUUCAAAGAAGAAUCAAAAGGUGAGCAGGACGCAUGGAUUGUAGGACAUGUUGAAAAAUCUGUUCAACGUAAAGGCAGCGUAAUCGACAAUCCUGAAUUUUUGGAAAUACAAUUUUAAUUAUUAUUUCAAUAUAUAUAUAUUUGAGAUUCCAAUUUAUGGCGAGGUUUUCUUAAAGAUUGCUUAAUCAGGAGAAUCUCCGAUAUUUUUUUUGGACUUAAGUUUAUAUUUUUAUACAAUAUGAUACAUUGUUCAUACAUCAUACAAAUAAACCAAGAAAACAUA